AUGUGCUCCAGUACAUUCGAAAGUAAACCGCCACAGCUACCUACAUCUACAAGGAUCAAAUUACCUUCCAUAAGUGAAUUGACAUCUGCUUCUAGUUUAAGACACUAUACUUCCAGACAACCUUUCGAGCUUCCAAAACCGUCUACUCCAGUUAAUUAUGUACUUAACAAGUCAAGUGUUUCCAGUUCCAGUUCUAGUUCUGCUUCAAGUUCCGUGUCGGCACCCAGUGUUGCAUCGAGUUCCGGCGCCACCACUCCGUUGAUAAGGGCGUCGCCAUCAGCCCCGUUUUAUGACGUACACCAUAAUGGACAGAUGCCUGCAACUGUCAUGCACCAUGUUCCUCAAUACCUGUACGUUCCAUUUCAGCAGAAGCAAAGUGGGUCGCAGGCACCUGUACCGGUGAACUAUGGCCAAAAUUACUACCAGCCGAUAUACUACACCAUCCAGCGGCCACCUCCGACUCCUCCACACUCACAAUAUAGUGUCCCGGAAGUGAUUAAUAAACCGAGCAAUAAAUGCCACCGAUGGGGCACCACUGAAACUCCGGAAUGGAGACGCGGACCUAAUGGGGUACGCACGCUAUGCAAUGCAUGUGGGUUGUUUCAUGCCAAGUUGGUUAAGAGAAAGGGGGCAGCAUUAGCUGCGGCCGAGGUGUUGAAUAAUAAGGUUUGCAAGGGCAAAAACGGCAGGAGAAUCGCGAUCAAGAAGCAACAACCGGACAUGAAAUCGGAAUCUGCAUUAGGAUCACCCACAUCUUCCUCAUUCCCGCCGCCGCCUCCACUCACAGUUGGCUACGAUCACAGUUACACCACAGCCGCAUCGCAUAGAUGA